CCUUGAUAUCUUUUGUAUUUCUACACCACCUUCUCUCCGGUAAUGAAGUUUGGCAAGACAAUCGAAACCAGCGCCAAGGAGCUGCCCGAGGACUGGCAGCCGUACAUUAUCCAGUACAAGCUGCUGAAGAAAAACAUCAAGCGCAUCGUGAACGAGCUCGACGACACCUUCCGCCUGCUCAACCUCGAUGCCUCGGCCAUAUCCGACGACGCGAUUCUUUUGGACUCCGAGUCUGUGCAUAGCGGCGCCGCCAGCAUCAUGUCCCAGGAGACCACUGACCAGGCCGAUAGCGCCUUGUCUGGGCCCGUGUCUGCUGCUGACACUGCGGGCAAGAUCGAGUAUCUCAUUGAGAAAGACGAGGACGGCGUUGUGCAUCCGGUCAUCACAGUCAAGUUGCGCAGCCACCCGGUGUCGCCGCCUAUCGACCCAAUCGUGGAGCUGAACGACGAUGGAUCGGCGCCCCUCGACGAACUGUCUCUGCCGCCAACCACACCCACGCUGGCGCAGCAAAUCAGCCUCCCGGAAGCCGCCAUCGUGCCCCCCACCAGCAACACCCCGCACGUUGCCGGGAACGUCGUACAGAUUGAGACAAAGCAGGACGGCAACGUGACGGAAACGCAGGUGACGGUGCGGCUGCAAACCGACCAGGCGUUUUUCGACCAGCUGAUUGACUACAUCGAGCGGACGCGGGCGUUCGAGAAAGACUACACGCACCAGUACAACACGAAUGUGCAGACGCUGGGCGUCGAUUUAACUGCGGUCACGUCGCCGUUCAAGCAUGAUUUCGAGAUCUGGCGCGAGAUCUUCCGGCUCUACAUGGAUGCGGAUAUCUGGAGCCAUACUGAGGGAGACUUCCGGCCGACGAAUUCGGCACAUGAGGGCCAGGAGCGGUUUACCGCCUUUACACGGCAUAUCGAAAAGCUCGGUCUGCCACGCAAGUUCCGCGACAAGCUGUCGGGCAAGCUGCUGGUCAGCUUCUACAAGCUGAACACGGAGCUCAUUUACAUGAAGCUGCUGCAGGAGAUGAACGAGGCGGCCACGCGGAAAAUCAUCAAGAAGCACGAUAAGCGCACACACCUGGUGGCGAAGACCCAGUUCCCGCAGUUCGUCGCCAUCGACACCACCACGCUGACCAAGGCGCUCAUCUUCACUAUCCACAAUGACCUGGUCGGUAUUGUGCCGCAGAUCGACGACUAUCUAUGUCCAAUGUGCCUGAACGUCGCCUGGCGUCCGCUGCGUCUCGAGUGCAACCACGUUUUCUGCUCGCGCUGCGUGGUCAAGGCAUCGCGCCGCCGCAUGUUCAACUGUCCCGUGUGCCGCGCAAAGGGUGCGAUUUACAGGGCAGGCGUGGACAACGUCGACCAGGCACUGCUGAACUUUUUGAAACUCUACUUCCCAAAGGAAAUCAAAGAGAAGCAGGCCGAUAUCCAGCAGGAGAUUUCUGAGGAGGAGGUUGGAAUCAUCACGGCUGCACAGUCCAGACACAAGCCGUGUAUCAUCAUGUAGAAAGAAAUACGCAAUAAAUAAUUGACUCUGCG